UCUCUCUCUCUCUCUCUCUCUCUAACACACGCACACGAGCACGCGCCCACUCACAUUCAUGCAAGCGAGUGUGAUGUGCGUAAACAAUUGCACGGAUUGACGCUGUUCUCUAGAAGCGAUCCUGCCUGAAUGACAGAAGGCUGCUGAAGGUGUACAUUAAGCGGAAGCGCUCCGGCACAAUGCAGAAAGAGCGCAAAUGUGGAAAGCUCUACGGCUCUUUGGAGAAAGUAGAGCCGAGAGAGGACGCGCACAGAACAGAUGAAGACGGCAUCGUGUCUAUGGCAGACUCCACCACCACUGUGGAUGACAUUGAGGGCGAGCUUUUCAAAAUUGAGAGGAUACGAGACGUGCUGGUGCGAAGAGAGUCUGAGCUGAGAUACAUGAUGGAUGAUAUUCAGCUAUGUAAAGAGAUCACAAGGCUUAAAAAAGAACUGCAGAAAUUAGUUUCGAUCCCAGAUAAAGACAAGUCCAGUGAAGACCGGCAGCGUGAGGAGAUGCUGCUGCAGCAGAUCCACAAGCUGGUGGAGACUCGAGACUAUCUGGUGGAUGAUGUGGAGUUUGAGAGGCUAAGGGAGCAAGAGGAGGACAAAGAGAUGGCCGAGUUCUUACGAGCAAAAUUUCCUUCAAGCUCUACUAAGAAAAGUUCCACUCAGAAAAGAAGAAUGACCUCUAGGGCCCAGCAGGUUUCCUCUCCAAAAGUGACCAAGGCUGGCCUUACCCUGCUUAAAGAAUGCUGCGGUUUCACCUGUUCUGUCAUGUAGAAUAAGAAACAAUAACUACAAGAAUGGGAAAAGAACUGAGAUUCAUCAAAGCUAAAAAAAAAAAAAAAAAAAAAAAGUCCAUCAAAGCUAUGGAUAAAGAAAACUGUAUAUGUAAGCAUGAGCCGUUUUACACAGCAGUAUAUUUUAUGAGGUACUGAGCACUAGUCUCAUUACUGCCAUGCAAAUUGUGGAAGUUAUUUUUUAAAUCAACAAUGCGAUAAACAUUAUGCAAUGUGCUGCAAAUCGAUUUAUUGUACUUGUGCAGUAGUGUGUCUCUGUCUUCUCUCUGCUGUGUGAAGUGUGUGGACUUUAAUUUAAACUCUUCAGUAAUCAAUAUUUUUAUGAACAGUAUUUUGUCUUUGUGAAAAGAAAAAAAAACAGAUGUCUGAACUGCAUCCGCUACUAAGUUGCAAGCUUGGUGUACUUGCAAUGUUGUGCCACAGAAUACAACUCGAUUUUAACUCAGCUUUAACCAUUAACAUGCAUUUUGCCAGAGAGAGAGAGACAGAGAGA